AUGCGUCUUGCAAAGCCAGCCCAGUUCGCGGCAUUUGGGGGUGCUGCCGUGUUCCUCAUCCUUUUAUUCUCGCAGAUUUCAUCGAAUCAGCCAAUUAGUGAACUACCAAAUCGCAUGGGAACCGCUGCGGCUUUAUUUAGAGAGCGAAUCUCCGGAUCGUUGGGCAGAGGGAACAUCAAGUCGAUGAUGGAGACCAGCGAGAAGCUGUGGUUGAAGACUGUCGACCAGAGACAUGAGUAUCGUCAAAGAUUUCCAAACAUGGAUUUUUUCCCCGCUCGUGAUGUUCAUACUUACUUCACGUACCUUGCUUCUAUUUGGGAUUUGAUUCCAGCUAGUUACAAUUGUCCUUGGGAGGUUGAGCGCAUCGGGCGCAUGGGUGAUGGAGGAAAGUGGGUCUGCGGUAUGAGCAGAUAUGAGAAGAACAAGAAGCCAUGCAUCAUCUACUCAUUCGGUGUUCAAAAUGAAUCUACAUGGGAACAAGAAAUGCUGGAACGUACCAACUGCGAAGUCUGGGGAUAUGAUUUCUCAGUGGACAACUUCGGACCUCAAAUCCUAGAUAAAGAAAGACCACGAACUCACUUUCUCAAAGCCGCCAUUGGCUCCGAGACAGAUACCACCAAGAGCCCACCCUCCUACACCAUCCAAGAUCUGAUGGCAAAGAACGGCCACGACUACAUCGAUAUCCUCAAAGUCGAUAUCGAGUACGCGGAAUUCAAUGCUUUGUCAGCUCUAAACUCGUACACCCAGAAGCAACAAAUCCAAAUGCCCAUCGGUCAAGUCUUGAUUGAGAUCCAUCUGAUGGUCGGGCAGGGUCUAACGGCUCCUGUGUUCCUGGACUGGUGGGAGAGUCUAGAGUACAGAGGAUUCAGAUCCGCAUGGACGGAACCUAAUCUGUUGGUCGUCACUCUCGGUCUGGAAGGUCGUAUGCCUGCAUACGCUGAGUACACCUGGGUCAAUGUCCAAGACCCCAAAAACAUCCUCUGGAAAUGA